AUGCUGUUCCAAAGAAAGAGGUUCCCUAAGAAGCAGAAGGCUAAAGUAUCAUCAAUCCCUAGUUCACCAGAAGAGUCUCUUGAACAAGGCUCAAUCGAUGAAGAAAGUGGUGAUAGAUGGCUAUCAGCUGAUCUCUCCAAGGCACUUAGAUUCUAUCAGAAAGCAUAUGAUGCUUAUAUACAAACAUUGAGUUUUCCAGGAUGUGCCAAUGACGUUUAUGUGGAUGCUUCAUACAAUGGUUGCCGAUUGGUGUACCAUGUACACAAUCACUAUGUGAAGUUGGAAGGAGUAGAUGUGAGUGAACUUACUAGUGUUGAAGAAGUGCUAGGAAGCAGUAAUAGUGUUUUAGUAUCGAGAAUUCAAGAUAUAGCCAAGAUGCAUCAGACAGUUAUUUCCAGAAUUUUGGGCAUGGGGUGUGUCGUACCGUUAGAUUUGCUUUAUAACUGCGUCGUUGUUUUAACUGAACAACUAGAAAUCAUGGAUGGUGAUAAUAAUAGUCAUGAUGUGAUUAGAAUAGUAUCUGAUACGAAAGCGAUCGUCAUGGAGCUACUUGAACGUCAAUAUACUGAAAUCAAUUCAUUGGAGUCACAAUUGAACGAAGGAAGGUCGAGUAAUAUUACUGAGGCUCAAUACGAUGCCACCGCCACCCAGAGUCAUCAGGAAGUAACAACAGAAUCAGCAGUACAACCACCUGAUAUUUAUGAUAGUUUGAUUGUUGCUCUUGAGUUCAUACAAGUGGUACUUGAAAAGAAGCAACAGCAGCAUCAAUCUAUUGAUAUUGACGUUGAACUGAUGUGUGACCAAUUGUAUCUAUUUGAAACCAAGUUACACCGGUACUAUGAGACCAACAACACUGAUACUAAUACUGCGAUGCUUGCAACAAUUAGUGAAGAACAAGUUCAGAAGUGGAAGAUCUUGGUACUUGCCAUCAGAAGUAUUGAGGAGGACCCAAUAGAAUAUUGGAAGGAUGUUAUAAACGAGCCUUCACUCAACUUUAACAGCCAUGAGAUCAUUAUUGGAUGUAUUGAGCUGUAUUUAAGUAUGAACGACGAGACUAUUUCUCCUGAACAAGAAUGGGAGUUGCUUAGCUUCAUCAAUGAACUUUACAAGUGCCAACAAGCACUAGUGAACCAACGGUUGACCACAGAGGCCAAGGGAGACGAUGGUGGGUUAGGAAAUGCUUUGGUGCAAAUGAGUGGGUUAAUGAUCAGCCGAGGAGAUUUGGAAAUGGAAAGAAGACAAGUACCAUAUAAACAAGAGGUAGAUGAAUUACUAAAGAAUAACGGAAUCGCUUACUAUAAGAACGCCAUUACAUACGCUCAAAGAUCUGGAGGAUUAAGAGAAAGAAUUAUUGACAAGUUACAACGACAAAGGAAGGCAAAAGAAGCGUCAACUAAAUUGAAAAUUCUUGACGGUACAGUAACAGAAGCAGAAUUAGUUUUCGUAUUUGGAGAUGAUUGGAAGGAAGAAUUGGAUAUGUUUGAAUAA